AUGCGGUUACACUAUUUUUCUUCAUUGUCACUUUGUGACUAUGCAAAAUAUCUCGAACAGUACAUCCUGAAGAAGCAAAUUCUUUCCAGUAAUUUUUUUUCUUUUUUCUCUUUCCCUCUUUUUCACCAUUUUCUCUCUUUCUCCUUUUCUCUACACUUUCUCUCUCCUUUUUCAUUAAUCUUUUUCUUUCUAUCACACUUUCUAUACUCUUUAUCUCUCUCUCUCACGCUACUCUUUAUCUCUCUCUCUCUCUCUCGCUACUCUUUAUCUCUCUCUCUCUCUCUCCGCUACUCUUUAUCUCUCUCUCUCUCACGCUACUCUUUAUCUCUCUCUCUCUCCCUUCCUCUUCUCUUUAUCUCUCUCUCUCUCUCUCUCUCUCUCUUUAUCUCUCUCUCUCUCCGCUACUCUUUAUCUCUCUCUCUCCACUUCUCUUUAUCUCUCUCUCUCUCUAUCUCUCUCUUUAUCUCUCUCUCUCUCUCUCACGCUUCUCUUUUCUCUCUCUCUCUCUCUUCUCUUUCUAUCUAUCUCUCUCUUUCUUCUCUAUCUCUUUAUCUAUCUCUCUCUCCACCUUCUCUUUAUCUCUAUCUCACGCUACUCUUUAUCUCUAUCUCACGCUACUCUUUAUCUCUAUCUCACGCUACUCUUUAUCUCUAUCUCUCUCUCUUUAUCUCUCUCUCUCUCUCUUUAUCUCUCUCUCUCUUUAUCUCUCUCUCUCUCUUUAUCUCUCUCUCUCUCUUUAUCUCUCUCUCUCUACCCUCUUUCCUUGCUUUAUUUCUUUUUUCCAUUUUUUCUUUUAAAUCUAUUUAUUGUGCUUUUUCUUCAUUCCCUGACAUAGAUGUCAAGAGAAAGUUGAAGAUGGGGGUGGGUUGA